UUUUUUUCAAUUUUAACUAUUUAAAAUGUUUCUAAUGAGUGGAGAACAAAUUAAAACAACCAUAAUCUCAAUUUAUUGUUUUUAUUUUAAGGAUAAUUGUUUUAAUUGUCAUGUUGGAAAUUAUAAUUGAUCAUAGAAAACGUGUUCAAGAAAAUAAAUCUCAUGCUUACAAUCAUAAACUUGUAUGGUUUAAUUCUCGAUUGGGGAAUCAAUCUACAUUGAAUAAAAGUCCUAUAGAGGUGAAAUCAAAAGAAUCGACGGUAAAUAAUCAAUACUGGUCAACAAAUGAUUUAUUGUCUUGUGAAUGUGACAGUAAUAAUGAGAAUGAAAGAUGGCUCCAUUCAAAUGAAACUGAAUAUCGUAGAGCUAACCUUGAUGAUAGAUUAGGUGUUAAUUUUAAUUCUGGAAUAUUUGAUUGGUCUCAAAGUGAAUCUUGGCUAAUUGUUCAAAAUGCUAUAAUAAAUAUCAUUCUCUGUAAACCAGAUCUAGAUAUCAGUGAAGCCGUCAGAAAUAUGAGACAACUGAUAAACUCUGGAAUUGAAAUGACUACUGUUAUUGAAUAUUGUGAAAAAAAGGUAUUACGUAACACUAUGCGUACUCUUCGCAGACCAUUGGAAAAGUUAAAUGGCAAUGAACUGAUCAGUGAACUAAUAGGAAUUUGGAAAUAUUAUAUAAACUAUAGUUAUCCUAUUAUUUUAUUGAUAUUCACUACAGUUCCACAAAAGACUGUUGAAUACAUGUUAGGAGUUUCAUUUUUAAAGCAUAUACUUGAAAGGAUGAAAAUUGAAGAAAUGAUCAAAAAACAGAAAAACAAAAUUAAUUCACAUGUUAGACACAUGUAUUGCACAAUACUAGUAACUUCGUUGAAGAUAAUUGAAAAAACAAUGUCAAACUGAGAAGAAUGACGGUUGAAUUCACUUGAAUAAUGCACCCGAGAUCUUUUCGAGUCACAAGAUUGUCUUGAUUAUUCGGAAAUGUUUGUACAUUAGUAUAUAUAAAUAAUAUAUGUGGUUCUACGAUAAAUCAUAAGUAGUUGAAUUUAAG